CUUCGACCAAAAAGGGUCUUUCUCCCUCCUAGACUACUGCCAUAUAGAUAUAACAUGUCAACUAUAUCAGACCGUCGAUCCUUCGCCAUCCCAGAAGCCCAGGAUGACCAAGCCAUCCGCCAAAAAUACCGACCUUUCAUCCUCAACGACACAAACACCAAUGACUGGAUCAACAACCUCGAAUUAACCACCGUCCUCGACAUGGUAGAAACGAACCUCCAAACCAGCGACCGACCAAAAGUCCUCGUUCUCUACGGCAGUCUGCGUGCACGAUCGUACUCCCGCCUCGUGGCAUUCGAAGCAUCCCGCAUUCUCUUCCGUCUUGGCUGUGAUGUCCGCGUCUUCAACCCUGACGGUCUACCCGUGAAGAAUGAUACAGACCACACCCAUCCCAAAGUCCAAGAACUCCGUGAUCUGAGUAUCUGGAGCGACGGCCAUGUCUGGGUUUCUCCCGAACAGCACGGAAAUCUCACGGCCGUUUUCAAAAACCAAAUCGACUGGAUCCCCCUCACCACCAACAGCGUGCGCCCAACGCAAGGCCGCACUCUCGCCAUCGCCCAAGUCUGCGGCGGCUCGCAGUCCUUCAACGCCGUUAAUUCGCUGCGUAUUCUGGGUCGGUGGAUGCGCAUGUUCACCAUCCCGAACCAGUCGUCGAUUCCGCGCGCGUAUACCCAUUUUCCCGAUCAGGGGCAGCCGGAUGAUGAGCGGUUGGUGUAUUCUGGGAAUAGGGAUCGAUUGGUGGAUUGUAUGGAGGAGUUUGUCAAAUAUACGCUUGUGAUGAGGCCGCAUAUAGAGCUGUUUGGGGAUCGGUUUAGUGAGAGAAGUACUUGAUAGAGAUAAUAGAAAGGAUAGAUAAUAGAUAAAUAGAUAAUAGAUGGUGUAAAUUAUUCACAUGACG